AUGAGAGCACCCUACUCGCUGUCCUGCCUGCUCCUCCUGAGCCUGGGAGCCUGCUUCCCUCCCGGCGAGCGCUGGGAGCCGGGAGAGCCGGGCGAAGGGGCUCUGCUGGGUCCCGGCUGGCAAACGGCGGCGGAGGGCCGCGGUGCCGGCUGGAGGGCAGGGGCAAAGCGGAGGAGAAGCGAGGAGGAGCUGGAUGCGCUGCUGAGCGUGGCCCGGGAGCUGCGGGGGCUCGGCGCGGCCGGGGCCGGGCGGCGGCCGGGCAGGAGCGGCGGCCCCGAGGUGCUGCCCGUCGGAGGGGAGAAGCGCAGCGGCACCCUGGGCGACCUGGCAGAGGAGCUCAACGGCUACAACAGGAAAAAAGGGGGCUUCACCUUCCGCUUUGGGAGAUGAGAGCUCGGACUCGAUUCCCCACCUCCCGCGGGUCACCCCGUCCCGUCCUUCCCUUCCGUCUCGCCUGGGUUUGCUCGGACAAAAGGAUAUUGGGGGGUUUUGCUGCUGGGGCUGCCCUGGGGAGGGGGGACGCUGCUUUUGCUCCACUCCCGGCUCUUGUCUAGCUCUCCCAUCCCUGUUCCCGACAGAUGCAAUGGAAGAAAAGGAGGGUGCCUUAAGGAGAAAUCACCAAAUCCCUUCCCUGAUCACACAGAGCUCUUGCUGGGGCACAGGGAAAGGGCCUGGUGCUGGGUCUCCAGUGCUGACA